CCUGGAUCCAACGGACGCAAGAACAUAUCGUCAUUGCGGUCAAGUGAGUGAUCCCCACCCCCCACCACAACCACGACAACUGCCCACCCAGCCCUAACCGCCCUCUGCCCUCCGCACCCUCACACUACAAACCACCACCACCAUCACGAAAACUAACACACCUACCACCCCCGCAAAGCUACCGCAACAACAUCUUCGGCUUCCCCAACGCCGCCGGCCUAGCCGCCACCAACCAAAACACCAACCAAGGCCUGCUCGACCAACGCCUCGCCGUGGAAUGGGUGCGCGACAACAUCGCCUCCUUCGGCGGCGACCGCUCGCGCAUGGUGCUGUGGGGCCAGAGCUCCGGCGCCGCCAGCGUGGACUACUUCAACUUCGCGUGGCCGGCGGAUCCCAUCGUGCACGGGCUGAUCAUGCACUCCGGGAGCGUGUUCGCGACGGGCGCCAGCAAGGACGUCACGCACAGCAACUUCACCUUCGUGGCGGAGCAGCUGGGCUGCGGGGGUGGGCUGGCCGCCAGCGAGGAGCUGGCCUGCAUGCGGCACAACGUCAGUGCGGAGGCGCUGGUGGCCUUCUACGAGAACUAUACCCUCGGUGCGGACACGCCGGCGCUGAAGUUCACAACGAUCGUGGAUGGGGUGACUAAGUUUGGGAACUUUACUGAGCGCGCGCUGGAGGGCAAUUAUUCGGGAUUGCCCGCGAUCCUCGGCACAAACGCCAACGAAGAAGCCUCACUCGUCGCGUGGGUGGGGCCGCAGGGCCCGAACCAGACGUAUAUCCAUCAUCAGACGCUGGAGACGGACCAAUGUCCGGCGAAUUACUAUAAUGAACUGCGCUACAACACCUCCUCGCUCACCUUCCGCUGGUACAAUCUGGCGCACUUCCCGAACACCUCGCCCCGGCCGUGGGAGAAGGCGUACCACGCCUCCGAGCUGCCGCUGCUGUUUGGCACCUACCAGUGGUACGGGGGUGCGCCGACGGCGCUGCAGCGGGCGGUGUCGACGCGCUGGCAGGAUCUGUAUCUGGCCUUUAUGAAGGACCCGGUCCACGCCCUCCCGAGCAUGGGCUGGCCUGCAUAUACCCCGGACGGGCAGGCGAUGGCCUUUGGCGCGAACGGGACGGUGUCGAGUCUGAUGCCGGUGAGUGCGUUGGCGGUGGGAUGUGCCGAGUUUCCGUUGCCGACGCAGUGAGGCUUGUUUUUGCACUGUGGGCUGAGAUGGAGACCUGCAUUAUUGUAUAUUGUAAAGAGUUCGAAGAUCAUGGUCUAGCGUCACUCGACGAAGCCAUGCCGUCAUAGAUUCCAUGAUUCACAGACAUACAUAUAUUCAUUGCUCAU